GGAGGGCGUGGUUGGCGCUCGGUCCCGCCCUGCGCAUUUUGGGCUGCGGUUGGAGGGCCGCGGUUGUAGUCGGGGUACCCCAGCUCGGGGCCACCGCAUGGAGCUGCUGAGACCGCUCCGGAUGUGCGAAGCGUUCGCGGUGCGGUAGGCAGCUGAAGUCUUCAGCAGAACCCUGACCUAGAUAGGGAGUCUCAAUGGCCCUGGGUGAAGAAAAGGCAGAAGCAGAAGCAUCUGAAGACACAAAGGCCCAGUCCUAUGGGAGAGGGAGCUGCAGGGAGCAGGAGCUGGACACCCCAGGGCCCAUGAAUGGGGAGCAGCCCCUACGCCUGGAAGCUGAGGGAGGGCUCAUCUCCCCUGUAUGGGGGGCAGAAGGGAUACCUGCCCCUACUUGCUGGAUUGGAACUGACCCUGGCGGCCCCUCUAGAGCCCACCAGCCACAGGCCAGUGAUGCCAGCAGAGAGCCCGUAGCUGAGAGGUCUGAGCCUACACUCAGUGGCCUGCCUCCUGCCACCAUGGGGUCUGGAGACCUUCUGCUCUCCGGGGAAAGCCAGGUGGAGAAGACCAAGCUUUCUGCCUCCGAGGAGCUCCCUCAGACUCUGAGCCUUCCCAGAACAACUAUUUGCUCAGGACAUGAUGCUGAUACCGAAGAUGAUCCAUCCCUAGCAGAUUUGCCCCAGGCGCUGGACCUCAGCCAGCAGCCUCACAGCUCAGGUCUCUCUUGCCUGUCACAGUGGAAGUCCGUGCCGAGCCCAGGUUCUGCAGCUCCUCAGCCUUCCAGCUGCAGCAUCUCUGCUUCCUCCACAGGCAGCAGUCUCCAGGGUCACCAAGAGAGGGCGGAGCCUCGUGGUGGUUCUCUGGCCAAGGUCUCCUCCUCCCUGGAGCUGGUCGUCCCCCAGGAACCCUCCUCUGUGGUGGGGCUAGGACCUCGGCCCCAGUGGUCACCACAGCCUGUGUUCUCUGGGGGUGAUGCUUCUGGGCUAGGCAGGAGACGCCUCUCCUUCCAGGCUGAGUACUGGGCCUGUGUGCUGCCAGAUUCCCUGCCUCCAUCACCUGACCGCCACUCCCCUCUCUGGAACCCAAAUAAAGAGUAUGAAGAUCUGCUUGACUAUACUUACCCACUGAGGCCCGGGCCUCAGCUCCCAAAGCACCUUGAUAGCCGUGUGCCGGCUGACCCUGUCCUGCAGGACUCCGGGGUAGACCUGGAUAGCUUCUCUGUCUCUCCAGCAAGUACCCUCAAAUCACCUACUAAUGUCUCCCCCAACUGCCCACCAGCAGAGGCCACUGCCCUGCCAUUUUCUGGGCCCAGAGAGCCAAGCCUUAAGCAGUGGCCCUCUGGAGUAUCCCAGAAACAGGGUGGCAGGGGCUUGGCAUCUUGGAGCCAACUUGCAUCUACCCCCAGAGCCCCAGGCAGUAGGGAUGCUCGUUGGGAGCGCAGAGAGCCAGCCCUGAGGGGCGCAAAGGACUGGCUGCCUAUAGGCAAGCACCUUGAUAUGGGCUCUCCCCAGCUAAGGACAUGGGACAGAGGGUGGCCCUCGCCCAGGCCAGAGAGGGAGAAGAGGACCAGCCAGAGUGCCCGGCGCCCUACCUGCACAGAGUCUAGGUGGAAAUCAGAAGAGGAAGUGGAAAGUGACGAUGAGUAUCUUGCCCUGCCUGCUCGGCUGACACAGGUUUCUAGCCUGGUUUCGUAUAUAGGAUCCAUUUCUACCUUGGUUACCCUGCCCGCUGGGGAUAUCAAAGGGCAGAGCCCCUUGGAAGUGUCAGACAGUGAUGGGCCAGCUUCCCUCCCUUCAAGCUCCAGCCAAAGCCAGCUUCCCCCUGGAGCUGCGCUCCGAGGAUCUGGGGAUACUGAGGGCCAGAACCCCUGUUUCCUGCGCUCCUUCGUCCGUGCCCAGGACUCCGCAGGGGAAGGCAGUCUGGGGAGCAGCCAGGCCCUCGGGGUCUCCUCUGGACUGCUGAAAACACGCCCCUCCUUGCCAGCUAGGUUGGACCGGUGGCCAUUCUCAGACCCAGAUGCUGAAGGACAGCUUCCCAGGAAAGGAGGAGAACAGGGAAAAGAAUCACUGGUGCAAUGUGUGAAGACAUUUUGCUGUCAGCUGGAAGAGCUGACCUGCUGGCUGUAUAAUGUUGCAGAUGUUGCUGACCACGGGACUGCAGCCAGGCCCAAUCUUACAAGUCUCAAGUCUUCUCUGCAGCUUUACCGGCAAUUUAAGAAAGAUAUAGAUGAACAUCAGUCUCUGACGGAGAGUGUCUUACAGAAGGGGGAGAUUCUUCUUCAGUGCCUGUUGGAGAACACCCCAGAUAUGUAUCCAGACUCUUUCAGAUUGACACAUAGCCCUUCCCCAUCCAUCUGCUUGAAAUAAUCAGGAAUGUGGCUGUUUCCCCCUUGAGACGUCAGUGUCUCUCUCCAGCGGGUGCAAAACUUAACUUUUCUUCCGCCAGGAGCACACUGUCAAAGUCCAUAGAGCCAGCCUACAAACAUGUUUAUUCCAAUCCUUCCCAACUUCUUUUAUUUGGCCCCAACCAAACAUUCUAACAGUCUAAAUAAAAGUUCAAAAGCGUCCGUGUGCGGUGGCUCACACCUGUAAUCUCAACACUUUGGGAAGCCAAGGCGGGCAGAUCACCUGAGGGCAGGAGUUCAAGACCAGCCUGGCCAACAUGGUGAAACCCCAUCUCUACUAAAAGUACAAAAAUUAGCUGGGCAUGGUGGCGGGCGCCUGUAAUCCCAGCUACUCAGGAGGCUGAGGCAGGAGAGUCACUUGAACCCAGGAGGCGGAGGUUGCAGUGAGCUGAGAUCACGCCACUGUACUCCAUCCUGGGCAACAAGAGUAAGACUCCGUCUCAAAAUAAAUAAAUAAAAGUUCAAAAACAUAAAGGUCCCUGAACCAAUAAAGGUUUCUGUGACAUCGCACAAGAAGACUGGGCAAAGGUCUAAUGAAACUGGAGGGGUUAGCCAGCUGCAGUGGCUCAUGCCUGUAAUCCCAGUACUUUGGAAGGCCAAGGUGAGUGGAUCACCUGAGGUCAAGAGUUCGAGACCAGCCUGGCCAACAUGACGAAACCCCGUCUCUACUAAAAAUACAAAAAUUAGCCGGGCGUGGUGGUGGGUGCCGGUAAUUCCAACUACUCGGGAGGAUGAGGCAGGAGAAUCACUUGAACCUGGGAGGCGGAGGUUGUAGUGAGCCGAGAUUGCGCCAUUGCACUCCAGCCUGGGUGACAGAGACUCCAUCUCAAAAAAAAAAAAAAAAAAAAGAAAAACUGGAGGGUAGGACCCAGCCCAGCCACCCUUACGGCCAAGCUUUACCGUGCGCUCUGACUGCAAUCCUCUGCCACACUUUGCCAACUCUUUGUGGACAGCACUUUGCCCUGAUGACACUGCACUGAUGUGGCUUCCCUAGGAGAUCUCAAUACAGCCAGCCUGUGUUCCUUCUCCUUCCACCCAUCCAGUCAGCAUUGUCUGCAGAUAGGCAGCUUCCCCUUUCCCUUCCUCUACUGACAGAUGUUACAGCUGUGGCAGGAAACUAGGGAGAGUAUAAGCACAGCUGAUGAAGGCGCAGGAAACUAAGACAGCCUUUGUGCUUAACAAAAAUAAAUUUUUGAAAAGAGAAAAAAGCCUGCUGUGUGUGAUGCACUCUGACCCUAGCCCAUCCCUUCCUCACAUGAACAGUUCUGACACUGUGGGAGUGAAUCUUCCCUUAGCCUGCUCUCAGGUCAUUUUUUUGUUUUGUUUUGUUUUUGAGACAGAGUUGCACUCUUGUUGCCCAGGCUGGAGUGCAAUGGCACAAUCUUGGCUCAUCGCAACCUCUGCCUCCUGGGUUCAAGCGAUUCUGCCUCAGCCUCCCGAGUAGCUGGGAUUACA